GUCGCAUGAGAAGCUCGUGAUAACAAUUUGGUAGUUAAAAAUUCUGAACAAAAUACAAAGUUUCACGAGAUGUCUGCAAGAGAGAGGCUACCAAUUUUCCCAUCUAGAGGGGCUCAGAUGUUGAUGAAGGCCCGUUUGAAGGGGGCCCAGAAGGGCCACAGCUUAUUGAAGAAGAAGGCAGAUGCCUUGCAGAUGAGAUUCCGUAUGAUUUUGAACAAAAUCAUAGAAACAAAAACCCUUAUGGGAGAAGUGAUGAAGGAGGCAGCCUUCUCUUUGGCAGAAGCUAAAUUCACUACUGGGGAUUUCAAUCAAGUGGUUCUUCAAAACGUUACCAAGGCUCAAAUCAAAAUAAGAACCAAAAAAGACAAUGUAGCAGGUGUAACUUUGCCAGUGUUUGAAAGCUACCAAGAUGGUACUGACACAUAUGAGCUGGCUGGAUUGGCUAGAGGAGGCCAGCAGUUGGCAAAACUCAAGAAAAACUACCAGAGUGCUGUGAAGCUACUAGUAGAACUUGCAUCUCUGCAAACAUCAUUUGUCACUCUAGAUGAUGUUAUCAAGAUAACAAACAGAAGAGUGAAUGCUAUUGAGCAUGUUAUCAUUCCAAGAAUUGAACGUACAUUGGCCUACAUCAUUUCUGAGCUUGAUGAGUUGGAAAGAGAGGAAUUCUACAGGUUGAAGAAAAUUCAGGACAAAAAGAAGAUCCAUAGAGCCAAAGUUGAAAAGGCAAAGCAAGCAUUGAUUGCUGCAGGUCUCCUCAAAGAAGCACAAGCCUCUAGUGGUAAUAUGUUAGAUGAAGGAGAUGAGGAUAUACUAUUUUAAAUAUGUAUUAUCUUGUAUAUAAAGCUAUUAAUAUAUAAGUUACAUGAGUGGUGGAUUAAACAUCUAGUGUGUUGGUAUUUCAGUUCAAUCAAUGAUCAAAUAACCGACUUCAAAAUAUUUUUGAACAAAGGUCUCUGGAUGAUUUCAAGUGUUGAAUCAGUGAUCACUAGUUUUUUGAUGAGUUUGAUUGGAUUUGAAAUAUCAUUUUGAUGCAAUUAUUUCUGAUUCUGGGGAAAUCUGUAUAAUGAGAUAUUUAAUGUUAAUAAUAAUGCUUCUUUAUUCUAGUUCUUCUGCAGUAUUCAAAAUCUGAAUGUUAUUUUUAAAAUUGUAUAGAUUAAAUAAAUGUACUAUAAUCAAUUAUU